AAGCGUUGGAAGUGAUUCCUCUGAUAACCUUAUUUUAAUUGGAAAAUGAGGAUUUGACGGCAGCACUGGACAUUCAGAAUACAAACAGAAAGUCUGCAACAAGGAUUUGAGCGAUUCCAGUCUUUUUGUGACAUCAUAUGUGCCAUUACAACUUAAAACCAUGGAAAGUGAUCCAAAAGAUAAAAAAAAAUUUUGGAAGAAUCCGCGACCUUCGUUUACACGAUACUGCAGACCAUUAAGAUUACAAUUUGCAAAAGAAACGGCUCAAUUAGCUGAAGACGAAGAAAAGUAUUUCAAAGCUAAGAUUGAAGUGUUGAAUGCCACGCCAUGUAAUGUGUCCGGUAAAGAAAUUAAAAUUAAACACAGCUUGCAGUUGACCAUGGUUGAUGGGAAAAUUUGUAGUGCCCUAAGUCACACGUCAUCUUCUAAGUGCUACAUAUGUGAGGCAAAGCCGACAGAGAUGGACGAUUUGGAAAAUUGUUUGAAAAAGAAGACUCGCCCUGAAGAGCUGGAGAGUUAGUACUCCAGAAGGAAAACAAGUACUUUCGACAAGGCAAUCCCAAAUGCAGAAUGAUUUUCGCAUACGAAUGGGAAUUAUUGUGGAUACACCUAGGAGUGGAGGAAGUGGCACGUCAAAUGAUGGCAAUACGGCCAGAGCGUUUUUGAAAAAUCCGAAAUUAGCAGCAGAAAUAACGGGUAUUAAUGAAGAUAUUAUAAUCCGGUGUUCAAUAUUGCUGCAGUGUUUGGCAUCAGGCUACACAAUCAAAAAUUCAAAAAAUUUGGAGAAUAUGCACUUGAUACUGCCAGAAAGCUGAUUAGCUUGUAUCCAUGCUACUAUCUUCCACCAUCCGUACACAAAAUUUUAGUGCUCCAGAUGUCAUAAAUUAUGCAGUUGUGCCGAUUGGAGAAUUAUCAGAAGAAGCUGCAGAGUCAAAAAUUAAGGACAUCAAAAUGUUUAGAAGACUGCACACCAGGAAGACUUCUCGGAUUGACACAAACACAGAUUUGAUGCACAGAUUACUUCUGAGCUCAGAUCCUUAUGUUACUGGCCAAAGAAAGCU